AUGGCAGCUAUUCAGCAACUAUCAAACGUACAAGUCUUCCUGCUCGCCGCCCAGUUCAUCAGUGAUGUCAAUGUCGAGAGUCUGCAGGUCCUGGCCGCGGAACGCAAAGAUGUUCUGACCAAGGACAUCAUCUACCGUUUGCUCCUCACGCUCUAUCCCACCGACGAAGCUGCACGAUCUGCUCUCCUUGCAUUGUUGGAGUCUAUCCGAUCCGAUUUUGAUAAUGUCAGCACUCUUGAUGCCCCUAUCGACACCUCCCCCGUCUCGAGGCUCUCCCUUGAUGCGGUCUCUCAAGAAGCCCAGCGAGUGUAUCUGGAAGCCUUCGACAGCGGCGUGGCUUCUAGAGCGAACAGUGACUUUGCAAAAUUCCUCAUUUCUUGGGCACACCAUAUUGAAUCGAGUGCAGGCACAUUAAAGGACGUUCUACCGUUAAUACAAGCCUUUGCGGCGCAGGAUGAGGAAUUGAGGCGAUGGGCAGAGACCUAUCUUGGCCCGAUCAUUCGCCUGCAAUAUGAUUAUUACCCAGAGGAUCUCGGUGGCUUCAACCUUCGCUCUCUUGAGGCGGCCUCGGGUCCAGACGGUAUCAAGGGACUCCUGCAACACGCAGCUGCUCGAUCUGAACAUGCGGAAAUUGCUCGAGAUCUAGAUGAAGUCGUUGCGCCAUGGAUCAUCGGCAAUCACGACACCGCAUCUUGGAGAGACGUCUUCGAGUGGAUAUUCCAGAAGGGCGUAGAAGACUUCAAGCUUGCGUCGAAAGCAUUGCUCGACUGGGAUGGUCCGAAGCAGGAAGAUCCAGAAGCAGUACAGGAAUUUCUUCAAACCGGCUUCGCCAUCAUUUACUCGAGCACUGAUAUCUCGGAUCAGAAUUUGACCGCAUUCAGAGCUAUCUAUGAGCGCUCAACAUCCAGGGCGCAAAUCCAGCCUAUUGAUAUCACUGAGUCAGAGCCAGACAUUCGGCCAACUAUGUUGUCAAGCAAUGUCACUGACGCUAGCUUUCUGUUCAACUCGCUCCUUUCGAGAAAGAACUACCUGACACAUGUGACAGAGGACUCUUCUAGCUUUCUCGCAGGGAUUUUGAAGACUACCGAGAUUUUGACGUCUUACAAACUGGGCAUGCCUCUUCCGAGCGUGGCAAGAAUCUGUCUAUCUGGAGCGAGAGACCGUCAGAAGCAGGAGAUGAUUAGGAUCUUGCAGCAAAUCCCGCGUUUGACAACGUCUGAACCGGACUGGCCACACGUGCGCAGGCAGCUACAUUGGUUGCGUUGCUGGGCGUCCUCGGCAUCAGAAGGUGCAAAAUCAAAUGAACCCAUCUAUUCCGAAAGAUCGCAACCAUCCACAUUCCUUGGACGGCUACCUGCGGACCUCGUUGAGACUGAGUUGCUAGAUGCAAUGCUAGCCGAUGGGCAAUAUCGAGCAGCAAGAGACAUGUUCGAUCUUUCGAAAUCCCAGACCUUGGAGGCUUCUGUUGUCAAAGAUCAUGUUGUUGCCGCGAUCUACUCUGCAUUCGACAACGCAUCCAAUGGAAAUAGGAAUCGGGGAGGCAUAAAACGUGCAUCGGAUAUACUGGCCAUCUUCAAGCCUGCCUUUCCCUCCUCGACCAGACUCCAAGCCGUCGAUCACCUCCUCAAGGCAACCCAUAGUUUGUCGUUCUAUCACUUGACGCUUCAGCAUGGUGUGCCUUUCCGGCCGGUCAACAUUAGGGCCCAGAAAGACCCUUUGUCAUUGAUCGAAAAGGUGCUCGACCAAGACCAAAAGGCGUAUGCGAAGCUUGAUGACCUUGUUGAGGUUGGGCGAAAUCUUGUUCUUUCGAGGAGCGAUACGCCCGACACAGUACAAGAUGAUGCAGAGGAAGUCAAGGCAAAGGUAAUUGAAGCUGAGCAGCGUGUGACAUAUGCAGCGAUUUUGUCGGCUCUGUCACAUCAUGAUUUCGAUACUGCUUAUUCAUAUAUCACGUCUCGGCUCCUGACGACUGGUUCAACACAAGUACCCAGUGGAUUUGUUGAUGAUACUUCUUGGCGGGCGGUGUAUGCCGCAGGGAAGUAUCGCCCAUCCUCAACGCCCAACGCCCUGCAUUCUAGAAUUUCUGCCCUCUCGAAGCGGAUGGAGCUAUUGUCCCUUGCACUCACCCUUGCUCCAGGCGCUGAGCCAUUGUCAGAGAUCUUGGGAACUUGGCGCCGGUGCGAAGAGGAGAUGGAAAGUUUGAAAAGCACUGCACUUGAGGAAGAGAGAGCAUUCGAAUAUGGGAGCAACGAAGGUGUCCCUGGUGGUUUUGAUAUGGACGAUAGAGAGCUUGAUGUUGCUGAAACACGGAAGGCAAUGGCAAAGCGGACCUUGGCCGGGGGAAGCUAUGAGGAUGAAGCGCCCAUGGGGCUUUUUGACAUGGCCAGAGGUGCAGCAAGUGCUCUACGGAAAAAUGCGUUUCCGCUUCAUGCUGCAUCAGGUGGCAACUUAGAGAUCCAGGAUACAGGGAAUCGACGGUCUGGCGAGUUUGCGCAGCCGUCCUCGCCCCAGGAAGGGGACAGGGUCAGAAAGCGGGACCUGGUCAGUAACAUGGUCACUAGCGGUCUUGUUAGUGGUAUGGGCUGGGUGCUAGGUGCUCAACCGACGGAGAGGCCUGGUCAAACGCAGUAG